AAGAAGGGGAGUGGGGAUUCUGGGUUAUGUAGUCCAGAGCCACGCAUCUCCCCGGGAUUAUACUCUCAGCUCCAGCCGUCUCGGUGGAAACUGAAGCGUUGGGUCCCUCUUUUUUGCUUUCAUUGCACGACAGCCCUGCCAGUAAGAAAACAUCAUGGUUCAACUUGGGUGCCCUCUGCUGGCAAAGUACCACAACCUGCGCAUCGUCAUCCGUUUGGCACUCGGCGGCUGCACCAACAGGCCUUUCUAUCGGAUCGUGGCCGCGCACAACAAACGAGCCCGAGAUGGGAAGUAUUUGGAGCAGAUUGGUUGCUACGACCCGCUCCCGAAUGAUCACGGCGAGAAAAUUGUGGGCUUCAACUUUGAUCGGCUGAAAUAUUGGCUCUCCACCGGGGCCUUGAUCACCAAACCUGUUGAAAAACUUUUGGGCCUUUCGGGGUUCUUCCCCUUGCAUCCAAUGACUAUCACCAACGCUGAACGGGUCCAGAGGAGACGAGUGCAAGAGGCCGCCCAGGGAGCUGCUGCACAGGAAGAAGCAUCGUCGGAGAGCGAGACAAAAAUGUAGAGACCAGCUUCUUGACUCCUGCACUGGGGCCCAGACCAGUGUCCAGCAGGUUGCAGAUGUGUCUACAGAAAUACUUUGGAAACGAUGCUGCUCCAUCUCGAUUAUAAGGUCUGCUUUCUUGCGCAGUGCCUACAAGGAAGUGGUCUGCUGGGUUGACCAACAUUUGAUUCUUCGCAGGAACAGACUGUGUAGAUUUCUGUACACAUUCUGGGACUCGUUCACUGUACACAGUCGCCGUUGUUUAAGAAAAAAACUCUUAAGCAAGUAAACUUUUGUCCAAAGAGUGUAA